GAGUCUUGGGGCCUGCUGGGCCACAAGAAGGAAGCCCCGAGGAGACAGUAGAUUGCUGGAUAAAUCACAUCAAUUUCCCAAUGGAUUUUAUAUUGUUUAUCUUUUUGUCUGGGAUUUUCCUCCCAGACAUUAGCAAUCUACAGUCGAGUGUGGAACAGGAAUCAGAUGGGAUGUCUUCAGAUGAAGAACAGUAUUAUUCAGAUGAUGAGAAUCAGGCCAAUAAUGCCCCUCUUCGUGAAGAUGAAAAAAAUGUGGAUGCUAAUUCUGUUAUACAUAAAUCAGAAGAAAAUGAAGACGGUACUCCUGCUAAUGAGAAAACUGGCAAUUACUACAAAGACAUAAAACAAUAUGUGUUUACCACACAAAAUACAAAUGGCAGCGACUCUGAAAUAUCUGUGAGAGCCACAACUGACCUGAAGUUUGCUCUGAAGAACUAUAAACUCCUCAAUACAACUACAACUGAAAAAUCUGCCGAUGAAGAUGAAGACAAAUCUAAUGAACCCUCUCGUAAAAAUAUGCAAACAUCAACCCCCAAUGUGCCUGCAUUCUGGACAAUGUUAGCUAAAGCUAUAAAUGGAACAUCAGUGACCUUGAAUGGUAAAGAUCAAUUCUUUCAAGCAAUUCCAGGCUCUGAUUUGAACACUACCAACGAAGACAAACUAUCAGAGCUAGAGGGAAUCAAGCUCAAAUUAAUGCUGGGAAUCUCACUGAUGACCCUAAUCCUCUUAAUUCCCCUCUUGAUAUUUUGCUUUGCCACACUGUACAAACUGAGAUACCUAAGUAACAAACAUUAUGAAAGUCAAUACUCUGUCAACCCAGAGCUGGCAACUCUGUCUUAUUUCCACCCGUCAGAAGGUGUAUCUGAUACAUCUUUUUCGAAAAGUGCAGAGAGCAGCUCUUAUUGGGGCAAUGCUUCUUCAGAAGUGAGACGAUCCGGCUCAAAAAAGUCAAAAUCUAAAUCUAUGGAUUUUUCUGCAAGCUCUGAUCAAACAGUCUUAACAGAGGAGCCAGAAACAACUUUCUUUACUGCCGAGCAGCCAUCUUUCCUUCCUCCCAUGGAGGAGACAGACUUCCUUCCUCCAGAGGAGACAGAAACUUUCCUCCCUCCUGAGCAGUUGGAUGAGCAACUCGUCAGUGAGAAUGCGCCCAUUGUGGAAAUGAGUGAGGAGCCCAUGGUUGACGUAGAACUUGGUGAGGAACCUAUUGUUGAGGAACAAGCAAUCUCUGAGUAAAUAACUUUAAUUCUUUGGUUAUAUAUUUAAAAAAGAUCUUUGUGUCUCAUAUAAACAUUCUAAUUUUGGAACUGCAAAUUUCAGAGACAUUUGAGUUUUCUGAUGUCCUUAAGGGCAUACUCAAUAAAAAAUAUCACAGUUA